UGACGGCCUCCAACAUGCUGCAAACCACUCUCACACACUCCGCUGUCCUACACGCCGCACAAGUCCAGCGCGUCGACGCCGUCGCUCUCAUCCAACCAAGAGGAGGAUGAGACAGAAGCCGGGGAGUUUUCUCUCAGACGGACGCGGUGCCCAACGGCCAUCUGCAGACUUCCUGCUCUAAUAGUCCAGACUGUACCGCGACUGAUAGAGUGUCUGUCCAAUCAGCGACCUCUCUGAAACCUCAGCAGACCUGAGCUGCUCAUGCCCCGAUGUGUCCUCCGUACCUCCUGUGUCGCUGAUGGAGACUCAGGAUUUGUCUGAAAGUGGCGUCACACAAGUGUGUGUUUCAGCGGAGGUAAAAGACGACGCGUCUGAGGACUCGUCCGUACAGGCCGGACAGACUGAAGCGGAGACAGAGGACAGCACCACUAAAGCAGGAGAGGGACGCCAGGUAGAAGCAUCAGAGAACACAGUGAGCAUCAUCAGUCCGUCCAGGAGUCAAAACAACCAGAGGACGCUCCAACGGUUCCUUUUCCUACUUCUACUAGUUUCAUUCAGGAAGUGGAGACAGCCCUUGAAAGUUUCGACUUUCUCAACUGCUCUGACCUCGAGGAAGAUGAGGAGGAGGAAAAGGAAGAUGAGGAACAAAAGGAAGAGGAAGGAGAAAAGAAGGAGAAGGAGGAGGAGAAGGAGGAGGAGGAGGAGCACAGCGAGGAGAAGGGAGAAGAACAACACGGAGAGGACACGUCACAUGGUCAGGAGGAGCGUCCCCCUACUCCCACCCAUCUGGCCACUCCUGUCUUCUAAUGACACAGUGGAACCAGAGCUAAACCAUUUCUCCCACUCUGACCUACUCAUGCCAUCGCCCUCUUCUCACACAUGCGGGAUCGGAGGACUUGAGGAUAUUCCACUUACUGCUCAGACAAACAAGCUCUUCCAUUACGGCCGAGUUUGUGCACAUAUUUGCCUUGUUCUGACCAAGAACGAUAAACUUCGAGGUUUCUGCGCCUCAGUCGUGACAGAAAGUCCCCCCCUCUUUCCCCCAAAAAUCUCCCUCCAAAGUCCUCAUUCUUUCAACACCCACUCCAUCACAUUGCCUGGGUUAAAGUGGGACACCACUCAGUUUACACUUUCACUAAACUGUUCCUGUCAUGUGAAAAUUUUAUGUCCAAAACAUUUCAGGAACAGCUAAAAGCGGCCUGUUUUUGGCUUUAUUACAGUGCAUUUUUGAGGUAAUCCAAUCAUUUUGAUGGUUUUAUAAGUUCAAGUUGAGGGAUUUAUUCAAUCUACAGAGAAGCAUACAAUCACUUACUGAGUUGCAUUCAAAACUAUCAGUAUUUGUGGAUAUGAAAAAAACUAUUUCAGUGUUAAACCAGUGUACAGCCCAGAGCUCUUUCCACUGUUGGCGAGAGAGGAAAAGACUUCAUGAGCAUGUGAUGUUUGUCUGAAGAUUUUCAUCGCCGUGCUGUGGACAUGAAGUCAUUUCCAAACCAGUAAUGUACCCUGAAAACCAACAGGAUCUUUACAUUUUAGGCGUCAAGAGACGGUUAAUUAUUCAGAAAUACACAUGGAGCGCAGAAGUUACAUUCAACCUACAAAGCAACACCAGGAACAUAAACAAUAACAGGAUCGAAUACAAACACUUUAGGAGUUUCUCCUCAUGGUCCAACAUGGGACAUGGUCUGCAGUGUAAAAACUAUAUUUAAACCUGCAUGUGUAGCUGCCUCACACUGCCAGCCUGUCUGUAUAAAAAGCUCAACUGAUCAGUUUUAAGUGUGUAAGCUAGGCUUCAGUGCAAGGAAGCCAUCGGGUCUGUAGCUGUGUACAAAAGCCGCCUCACGGGGGCGCUAUAGUCUUUCAGCAUCAUGCUUUACGUUGUUCUACAAAAGCCUCGUCAUUCUUCAGAAAGUGCCUCAAGUGACAGAUGAAAGGUUUUAAAUGCCACGACAGGAGAGAUCAGGCAAAAGAUAACAGUGUUUAUUUUCUGAAUUACUUUAAGAGUGUGCACAAUAAGAGAUAUUUACUGUUUCAUAUAAAGAAUUGUAUAUGUCUUGAAAUGUUAAAAUGUUUUAUGUUCAGAAAUGUUUAAACUUUAUAAAGGUUUCUUUAAAAUGAAA